UUCAGAGCACACAUGAUUCCGUAAUCCGUAUGGACACAAUUUUUGUAAAUACACUUAACUAUUGCAGGCUUGUCGACAGUAUGACUACGCGACGACGAAGGAUACCUCACGUUAAUCACCAUGUCCAACACAAUGUCUCAAUUGCCUGACGGGUUCACUUCACACGCCGAACUGGAAAGUGCUGCCAUGUCUCUAUUCGCAGAAGGAGCACUUAACCUCGGAGAUUUUAAUUUUGAACUCAGCUUGCAUGAUGCCACCUUUCCUGUUAUGUCUGAUAUCAAGCCCUCGGAACCUGCUUGUCCGGAUUGCCUUGUCCUCCUUGUCGACACGCGCAUGAGUUUUAGUGAAAGUAUAUUUUUAUGUACACAGGUAUGCUAUAAAUCUCUGCGAAUUAGUUCCGCAUACUGAGCGUCUUAUAUGCGUUUGAUUCACGUGCGACUUGUACAAAAUGUAGUAGGUGGAAAUACGUGGCUGUAUUUUGUUAAUAUAUAGCAGCUGAUUUUUAUCUGGUUCGAGCACUACACCUCCCAUAAACUUCCGCGCCAGGUCGUAGUGGAGAAGUUGAUACUCUGGCAGAUAUACAUCUGCCGUUCAGUGUGGUGUGUUUUAUAUUUCCAGAGCUCUGUAUUAUAUGUGAAGUGCCGAAUAGUGUCGUAUUCUGUAUCGAUGUUGUUAAUGAUCUGUUUCUGUAAAGCUGCUCAAGGUGUUGGUGAGGUUGUAAGCUCAUCUUGUAUGAAGGAGAAUUGCACGUGUCGAUUUCACUGCGGCAAUUUAACGCUCCAAGCAUUCGAUUCUCCUUGUGAUCACGGGAUUCCAACUUUCGUUAUAAGCCGUAUAUGUACCCGCAUGGCAAGAAAGCUUCCGGAAUCGUGCGAACACGUUGAGAAAAUCACACCCACUCGUAUAUCUGUGCGUAAUGAAUCAUGAUAAUGAUCUGAUGAUCGUGCUUGUUGCACGUAUCAGACCAAUAACGAGACCAGACGCAACGCUGUUCAAUCCUGAUUUUCUCUGGAUGUCAAGCAAGCCGACUUACAAUUUUUUGAGAAAGAAGUGGGCGCAAUGCUCUCAAGAAAGCGUGCUGAAAGGCUCUGUCGUCACACGUGGAAACGCCUAUUCUGGGUUGAGUAAAUGUGUGCGACGAAGUGCCAGAGUCCGGGAUGCUCUGUGCUGGCACUUACACUGCGACUUCCCCUUCCGGCCAAGCGAUGAUACGGAAAGGUACAUCAUACCAACUCCUGAUACCAGCUGCGACGCGGACACUCCACCACCAUGAAAACUUGGUUUACUGACAAAUAGGUUUUUGGCCCGUACUGUGCCUAUGCUACAAGAGUGCCAGUGCCAGUGCCAGUGCCAGUGCCAGUCUAUUUAAUAUGAGCGCUAUCAAAACAGUCUCUUAUCUUUCUGGCCUGUAGUAAAACGUCAUCUAUGCGCCAAUGGGCGUUUAGAUAUGCCAGUCGUCGACCAGAAUCUAACACGCACAAUUCGGGAGUUUGUCACCGAGUACACAGUAUAAACCAAACCAUGCGUUUGUCGCAUCAUUCUUAAUCUGACGCUUGGGCGCAGGAUGCUCGCGCCGAAGUUAAUCUGCUACCUAGUAUGUAGCGCGAGUAGGGAAGAAUAGGUGCGGACUGGCGCUAUGGCCGAGAUGGAUUAUGGGUAACAUUGUGGAAAGGCUUCUUGUGGGUUUGUACUGAGGGUCACGCAGCAUCAACCACCUCAAAAUUAUGGCGAGUUGUGAUGAACCUUGUGCUUGUCCAUCGGUGAUGUGAGGCGAAGUGCGCGGUAUUCAUACACCAAGGUGCUUGUUGGUCGAUGAUGUGAUGGAGGCCAAUACAAUUCAAAGCAAUUCAAGGGGAAAGUAACGGGGAGUUCGAAACGUGCCAACUACAACGAGGGCUUAGGAGUCGCCUUUGGUCAUCUUGGCAGUGUCGGAAUCGUGACGCGAAUUUGAACUGCGCGAAGUACGGUAAUUCCUAAUUUACCGAAUUGUGCCCAUAUGUGGCGGCAACCAAUGCUAAAUGCCCACCGCUUGAUAAGUCAUCCGCGCAUAUAGCUAUUGGCAUAACUAGAGCAAUGUGUCUAAGAAGAGUCGUGGCGAACGCGAACAUUCCUCGCAUCAACACUCACGAAGGCAAAUUGAAGCCACAAUAAAGUGCAUGUCCAGUCUUGGUUGCUAUUACGAUAAAAUUUCCAUAGCAUUAGCUGUAUUGUUGCUGCUAUCGAG